GCAGAGCAGGCUUGGCUCAUUCCUCUGACCUGCCAGGAAGGAGAGAGUCCCAGAGACUGAGCUCCAGGAGAAGGCAGACAGGGAUCGCAGCUCCACGGCCCGUCCUACACCCUCCUCCCUCCUUAGUCUCCAAAGCCCCCAGAAUUCACCUGGAGGUGCCACAUCUAUCCCAAUCCCUGGGGCUCCAGCCCCUUGGGGGAUCUACAUCCCAGCAUGUCGAUAGCUGUGGAGACCUUCGGCUUCUUCAUGGCAGCCCUGGGACUGCUGAUGCUGGGAGUGACCCUACCCAACAGCUACUGGAGAGUGUCUACCGUCAAUGGGAACGUCAUCACCACCAACACCAUCUUUGAGAACCUAUGGUACAGCUGUGCCACCGACUCCAUGGGAGUCUCCAACUGCUGGGAGUUCCCUUCCAUGCUGGCCCUCUCUGGGUAUGUCCAGGGUUGCCGCGCCCUCAUGAUCACUGCCAUCCUCCUGGGCUUCCUGGGCCUCUUUCUGGGCAUGGUGGGGCUGCGCUGCACCAACGUGGGAAACAUCGAUCUCUCCGUGAAGGUCAAGAUGCUGGCCAUUGCAGGAACCUUCCACAUCCUUGCUGGUACCUGCGGGAUGGUGGCUAUCUCCUGGUACGCCGUCAACAUCACUACUGACUUCUUCAACCCCUUGUAUGUUGGAACCAAGUACGAGCUGGGCCCUGCUCUCUACUUGGGCUGGAGUGCCUCCCUGCUCUCCAUUCUGGGUGGCAUUUGUCUCUUUUCCACCUGCUGCUGCGCCUCUAAGGAGGAACCAGCCACCAGGGCCAGGCUUCCCUAUAAGGCUUCUACGGUCGUGAUACCCAAAACCACUUCGGACGAAAGCAAUGUCAGCUUUGGCAAAUAUGGCAAAAACGCCUACGUGUAGGAGCUCUGGCCUGGUGGACACGGUUUCCUGCCCUCCUCCUCCAGCGGAAAAGUGUCCCCAGGAUGCUCGGACCAGGCUCCAGUUAAUAACCUCAGGACAGGCCAUUUCCAGGCGCCACCCUGUGCCUGGAAGCCAUGACCUGCUCUGGGUAUACCUGCUCUGGCACUCCAGCCUCCCCCAGGAACAGAAGCUGCGGGGGGCAACUCGCAUGGCCUCCUACAGCUGGACCCAAGGGGACAGAGGUGUCUGCAGCUUGUGAUGCCAUAUAAAUACAUGUAUAAAUAAAUGUAUAUUGUGAUUGUUCAGGGGCUUCAGGGGCCAUGAAGUUGCAGCUGAUUGAGGGGCUCACUCUCAAACCACAGACUGUCAAUACUGUCCACUUUUGAGCUGUCUUGUCCAGUGAGGAUCUGAGUUCAAAUCCCCAGAACCCAUGUAAAAAGCCAGGCAAGGUCACACUCCCAUACCCCGCGCUGUUGGGAAGGCUCUCUGAGGCUUACUGGCUUCCAGCCUAGCUCCAGGUUCAAUGUGAGACCCUGUCUCAGAGGUCUAAGGUGGAGAAUGAUAGAGAAAGUGCUGGAAGCCCUCCUCCGACCUGUGCAGGCACACAGACUGUGCACAAACAGCUUGCACAGGUUCUCAACAAAAGGCACUGCCAGUACCCACCUCAGGGAAUUAUUGCUAGCUGGGAUGCCCCCAGCGUCUCUCUCUCUUGACUCUUAACCUGUGUUCUUCCAGCUACAUGGAGGAGACAUUGAUCCAGAACAGGUGUCUGUAUGUGUGUGUAUGUGCGUGCGAACUAGAUUUGGGGUUUAAUAAAGAUA